CAAAGAAAGACAAAGGUAACCUUCAAGCUGGGAGACUGCAGUCCAAGUCAAUAGCAGAGCCUGAGAUCACUCCUGACCUUGAACUUAAUCCUUUCCACCUGUCUGGGGUCGAGGAUUUCUUCUUGCUCAGAGACCAGGAGCGGAACAGGGCUAUUCAAGAGCGUGAGCAGAAGAAGAGGAUGCAUGCACACGAGAAGACGACCUACUCCUCCAAGGGGUGGGCCAAGCACACCAGCCUGCAGCAGGAGCUGCAGCAGGUGGAAGAGGUUAAGGACCAGGACCAGCAGCUGCACGCCGUGCGGGAUGCCAAUGCCUGGAAGCUCGCCUGGACCAAAGAAAAGAAGGUGUUGCCUGAGGACAUGGGCAGCUUCCUGAAACGCCAGCGCCAGCUAUUCCUCCUACAGUAUGCCCUGGAGGUGAAGCGGAGUGAGAUGCAGCAGCUGGAGAUACUGACAGAGAGGGAGGAGGCCAGGCUGGAGCAGGCAGAGAAGGCCCUGGAGAAGGAUGCCGUCUUGUUCGAUGAGUUCCUCAGGGAGAACGAUCGCAGCUCUGUGCAGGCCUUGCGGAUGGCUGAAAAGGAGACCAAAGCCAAGGUGGAGAAGAUCAUUGAGAUCCAGGACCUCACCGCUCAGAUCAUGAAUAUCAAAAGUGAGAUCUCCAAAUUUGAAGAUACUCUGCACCAUUACAAGAUCUAUAAGGAUUUCUUAUACAAGUUGUCACCCAAGGAAUGGCUUGAACAACAGGAGAAGAAAUACAUGGCUCUCAAAAAGGCCAAGGGGGUCGUGGAGGUCCCCAAAGAGAACAGUGUUGUCCUCCUUGAGGACAAAAGUAGCAGAAAAGAGGAUGCAGGAUCCCACGGACCAGGGAUUAAGGGCAAGAUAUCCCACACAGGGGCCAGAGAAAACCAGGGCAAAAAGAGGUCCUCAAAGUCUCUACAGGGGAUACAGCUGGGAUCGGACUUGUUCACACUGAUGCGGCGGUCUCUUCGCAGGUCGAACUCUCCCGUUCCCCAGCAGGAGGACAGCGACAGCGACGGGGAGGAGCUGGAGCUCUACUUCACGGAGCCCCAGCAGCUCCUGGACGUCUUCACGGAGCUAGAAGAGCAGAACCUGUCACUGAUCCAGAACACGCAGGAGAUGGAGGAGACCUUGGAAGACCUGGGCCGCAGCUUGAAAAACACCAAGAUCCGCAUGGACAAGGAGAUCAACCAGCUGAAGCAGUGGAUGGGCACGAUGAUGAUAUCAAUCAUCAAGGAGGAGGAAACAGCCGCCGAGCUGGAGCUCAAAUCCCGAGUCUUUAACUAUGGCGAGUACAAGGGUGAUCAGCAGGACAAGCUGCUAGAGAACCUGAAUCUCAAGGUGCUAGAUGUGUACCGGCACUGCACCGGCAGCCGUAGGGAUGCCAACCUGGGCACCGUGCAGAUGCUGACCAUCAUCGAGCACCAGCUGGGUGAGCUGCUGGAGAACCUGGAGCACGUACCCCACGGCAGGAUUGAGCAGGCUGAGAAGGCCAAGGACAAGGAGCGGCGUUUGAGAGUUCGGGAACAGAAGGUCAAGCUACAACAGAUGCUGCAGGAAGAGCGUCUGCAGCGUGCUCAAGCCCGGGCCCGGGCCAAGAUCAAGACGAAGAGAGGCAGGAGACUGGUGGGCCGCUCCCGGCCCCCAGCCCUCAAAACGAAGACGGUGUCUGCACACACGCAGAUGGACAAGGACAAGGAAGAGAUGCUGUUUUUCUUCACCUAAACCCCACAAAGCCACAAGAUUGGCUGAGGCUUAGGAAAAACAUAGCAGAGGAGGCAGAGGGCCUGGGCUGGGUCAUGAGUGGACUGCCCGGGCCUCGUGGUCCCCUUCUGUGCCCUCUGCACUCACCUGAAAUAAACACUUGUCUCCUUGGU